AUGAAUAGUUCAGAAAAUUUCGAAAAUUUUGAAACAAAUGACCAUACAAUUUAUGAUAACACAUAUGAAAAUGAUUAUGAUCCAGAUUAUGAAACCCAUGAGUUUUACAACACUGAAAUUGUUGGAUGUAUAAGGGAAAAGACGUUUCCCUACGAAUGUUUAUAUAACAUAGAGCACAAUUCUGAAUGCCAAAAUCAAAAGGAAAAAAAUUAUAAAAACACAUUAACAAUGCAGAACGAAUUAAUUUUCCAAAAUGAUAUGUUAAGGAAUGUAUUAAAAAGUUCUCAAAAUAUGAAAGAAAUGCAAAGAGAACUAUUCAAUGUUGAUGUUAAAAAUUUCGUCCCAGUAUCACCACCACAGACAAAAAGCGCUUAUUCCGUACAAAGGGAAUAUUCAAAAAUGUAUGAUAAUGAUAUUCAUGAAGAUUAUGAUUUGAAUAAUAGUAACAGUAAUAGUACACAAAACGCUAACAAACCUUCAUGUUAUAAUACCAGUUAUGAAUGUAAUGCGUUUAUAAAUAAAGAAAAUUUAAAACAUAAGAAUAUAACUGUUAGUAAAGAAGAAAAACAUAGCUCCAAACAAAAACUACCUCUACAACCCCCGCGAAUAGGAGAAAUAAAAGUUAAUAUUGAUGAUAUAAAAACUGGGCUAUUGUCUUAUUAUUCAAAUAUUUACUCUUUGGACCAUUAUGAUAUAGAGGACAGAAUAAGCAUUUUAAAAUAUGGUGAUAAAAAUAUUUCUGACUCAGUUAAUGUUAAAUAUUUUUACAAAAAAGAGCAAGUGUCAAAAAGACUUCCUUUCAUACAUUACAAUGAUGAGUUAAAUAAUCCUAAUUCAUUUUCAUAUCAAAAUACACCUGUUGAUUAUUACUAUAGUGGGGAUGCACACAACUCGAAAUGGAGUACACCUCAUCAUUUUCACAUGAACAAUCUUACAAAUAAAGAAGCAAAAUUAGAAGAGGAAGCAGAAAAAGAAGAAGAAACAAAAUUAAAAAAAGUAAAUGCUUCCGAAAAUGCAUAUGACCAUGUGGGUCAAAUUGCUGAACUGUUGACUAGUCUAAAGAACAAAUGCGCGGAUGCAAAUUUUAAAGCUCAGACCUUGAUAUCCAAAUUCAAUAGUAAAUAUGAAAAUCCUGAUAAUCGAUUUUGGAUUCAUGACCUUGUCCCACACUUGAGGAAGCCGAAGCUAAAUGAUGAUGAUGGAAUAAGAAAACAUAUAGCUGUAACCUACGCACAGCUGUACAACGAAGCGAUGCUAAAUAAAAAAAAAAUAACAGCUCUUGAAAAAAAGUUACACAUAUUAAAGUUAAGAGCCAACAGUUAUAAGAAUGGACAUAGAAUGGAAACAAGAAACGCAUUAUGA